CUCUUAGGGAGGUGAGUGACUGGGAUAUCUCUCCACCUCUUUUCUUUUAUGGCCUGCUCGUCAGGUCAGCGAGACGCGCACCUUGGUCAUUGUUUUAGAAGCCGGCGGCCAGCGGCGGAGGGCGGCAUGGCGGCGCCAGACACCCGCUCUCCGGAGCCCCUGCUUUGAGGCUUAACAUUUGCUGAAAUACUCUAAAUUUAUGAACCUUUUCAAGAAAAUCUUCAGUUUCCAUCCCCCUUUUUAAAAGUGGCCAAAAAGUGAUGUUCUGGCCAGAUACAAAACAACAUGCAUUAACGCCUCCUGUAUCCCCAACUACCAUCCAUGAUAAAGGAUUCUCAGAAAGCAGAAGGGAUUGAACUCACGACCUUGUGCAUGCCAGGCAGAUGCUUGCUGCGGAGCUAAAUCCCCGGCCCCACGUUCUCAUUUGAGAGAGGAAGAAAUAGGCAUAGAUGACUUAACUGAAUAAAUGACUUGGGGGUACAUUCUAAAAGAAGGAGAGCUCGGAUCAGACCUCAGCACCCCGGUUGGAAAUGUCGGUUGAGUACAGUACCUGGAUGGCCUUGGGGAAGAAACAGCAGAAUGCUGGACACAAUGGCGCAAACCUGUAAUCUGAGCACUUGGGAGGCUGAGGCAGGAGGUUUGCCAUGAGUUCCAGGCCAGCCUGACUACACAGCCAGAUCCUGUCUCGAAGAAAAAAAGAGAGAAGAAAAGAGAAGAGGAAAGGAAAAAGAAUAGAGAGACAAGUCUGAGAGUGUUGGUGCUGGCAUGAGAAUCAGAUUCGGGGGUUACUCCUGCCCCUCAACCUCACCUGCUCUGUGGGUGCAGCAGUUGUCUUCAGUAGCUGAGAACCUCCAAAAAUGUCAGGCACAGAGGUUUAGGUGGUUGGACCAAGGUCACAGGACUGGCGCAGCAGUGGUGUAACAGACCCAGCCACUUCCCCAGGAGGAAGAGGACACAAUGACCAAGUUCAAGGAGGCGGUGACCUUCAGGGACGUGGCCGUGGUCUUCAGCGAGGAGGAGCUGGGGCUGCUGGACUCUGCCCAGAGGGAGCUGUACCGGGAAGUGAUGCUGGAGAACUUCAGGAACCUGCUCGCCGUGGAGCAUCGAUUCAUCACAGCAGACAUUUCACCCCAGUUAGAGAGGCAGGGAAAGCUCUGGAUGAGGGAGAUGACAGUCCAGAGUGACGAUGCCUCAGCAGACAAGAAAUUAAAUGAGAUGGAGACUCUUCAAGAAGUAGGCUCAAGGUACCUGCCCCAUGAAGAGCCUUUCUGCUCACAGAUCUGGCAGCAAGUUACCAGGGAGUUAUCCAGGUGUCAGGAGCCUGUGGCGAAUACUCAAGAAACUGGCUCUCAGUUGAAAAAGCUAGAUGACGUACCCUACGAACAUGAAGGUUUCAGUAAACACUUCAGUCAGAAUUCACACCUUCAGGUUCACCUCAGAGUCCAUGGUGGUAAAAAGCUUUACAAAGGGGAGGCGUAUGAGAAAUGUUCUACUGGGGACUCUCAUCGUCAGGUUAACCAGAGAGCCCACGCAGGAGAAAAGCCCUACAGGUGUGAAAAUUGUGAUAGCACCUUCCGUCGGUUUUCAAGUCUUCAAGCCCAUCAGAGAGUGCAUAGUAGAGAGAAAUCACACAAACCUGACUUCUCAUCCAUGGGUUUCAGUCAGAGGUCACAGUUCUGCCCCCAGCAGAGACUCCUGACAGGAGGGAACCCAUACAAAUAUGAGGAGUAUGGAAAGAAGACCAGGAAAAGCUCUCAUUGCCAGGCUCCUCUGAUGGCCCACCCAGGAGAGAAACACCAUAGAUGUGAGGAGUGUGGGCUAAGCUUCAGUCAGAGCUCAUAUCUUCAAGUUCAUCAGGGGAUCCACACUAGAAAGAAGCCUUAUAAAUGUGAAGAGUGCGGAAAGGGCUUCAGCUGGCGUUCACGACUUCAGGCCCAUCAGCGAAUCCACACUGGGGAGAAACCAUACAAAUGUGGCGCCUGUGGCAAAGGCUUUAGUUACAGCUCACAUCUCAACAUUCAUUGCAGAAUCCAUACGGGAGAGAAACCCUACAAAUGUGAGGAGUGUGGGAAAGGCUUCAGUGUAGGCUCACACCUUCAAGCCCAUCAGAUAAGCCACACUGGGGAGAAGCCAUACAAGUGUGAGGAGUGUGGGAAGGGCUUCUGUCGGGCCUCUAAUCUCCUGGACCAUCAGAGAGGCCACACGGGGGAGAAACCAUACCAGUGUGAUGCCUGUGGUAAGGGCUUCAGCCGGAGCUCAGAUUUUAACAUUCAUUUUAGAGUCCAUACAGGAGAAAAACCCUAUAGAUGUGAGGAGUGCGGUAAAGGCUUCAGCCAGGCCUCAAAUCUUCUAGCCCAUCAGAGAGGUCACACUGGAGAAAAACCGUACAAAUGUGGUACAUGUGGGAAGGGCUUCAGUCGGAGUUCAGAUCUUAAUGUUCACUUCAGAAUUCACACAGGAGAGAAACCCUAUAAAUGUGAGAAGUGUGGUAAGGCCUUCAGUCAGUUCUCAAGUCUUCAAGUACAUCAGAGAGUCCACACAGGAGAGAAACCGUACCAGUGUGUAGAGUGUGGGAAGGGCUUCAGUGUGGGGUCACAGCUUCAGGCCCAUCAGAGGUGCCACACAGGAGAGAAACCGUAUCAGUGUGAGGAAUGUGGAAAGGGCUUCUGUCGGGCCUCAAAUUUUCUCGCUCAUCGAGGGGUUCACACAGGAGAAAAACCAUAUAGAUGUGAUGUGUGUGGAAAGCGUUUCCGACAGAGAUCCUAUCUUCAGGCCCACCAGAGGGUCCACACUGGGGAGAAACCGUACAAAUGUGAGGAAUGUGCAAAGGUCUUUAGUUGGAGCUCAUACCUUCAGGCCCAUCAGCGAGUUCACACUGGAGAAAAACCAUACAAAUGUGAAGAAUGUGGGAAGGGCUUCAGUUGGAGUUCAAGUCUUAUAAUUCAUCAGCGAGUCCAUGCCGAUGAUGAGGGUAACAAGCACUUCUCUUCAUCAGAGCACUUAUACAGGAAAUAAACUAUAAAAUACUGUGUUUUAAUAUUUCAAAUGGGUGCUGAAAUACUCCAGUGAUCAGAGCUGUCAUAGGAGACAAAAAACUUGUUUCACAGAAGGUCAGCAUUGGAAUUAGCUUGACAUUGCUGUGGUUGGGAGGCCAUACAAUAGAGAAGCCAUGUGAAAGUGUAUCCAAGUGCAUUUCAUUUAGAACAUGCCGAUACACCUGGACAGGGUGCUCAGGAAGAGUGAGUCUGACCUGGAAUUAACUACAAGAUGUAAGAUGGAAGUGCCAAAAUCUAUUGCAUUAGAAGACAAGUUCCAAGAGGCUAGGGACUUCUGCUGACUGCCAAAUGCACUCUGCCUUUCAGUGCCUAACACAUUGUAUGCAUUCUCUAGUUCUUAUAUGAGUAGAAAUGAGACCAAUUGUAUUUGAAACGUUUGUUCAGUUUCUGUAAAGUUGUCCUCAGAGUAUUGCAUAAGGCUUACAGGCCAUUUAAGUUAGACGAGUGGGAUGUUCCAAAUUGUGCAAAUCCUGUGGACUAAUGUUUAUCAAAUUGGAAGCUGAAGUCUAUUAAUGAAUCCAGAUCAGUUCAGUGGGUUAUGACCAGCACAUUCAUAUGCUAUUUUAUCGAGAAAAGGUUUGCAUGAAAUAACGUCCAUAAAUCUCAACUUUGUGGCUUCCUGAAUUUUAACAAAUCACUAUGAAAUGUAAUCAAAUCACUAUGACCAGUGAAUCCAAAGUUUCUAUUAAACAGAAACAGUUAUUCCCAUUUCCAGUCAAUCCCAUGUUCAGGGAUUGAUUUCAGUGCUAUAAAUUAGUUAGCUCUGUUUUCAUUUUCAGGUGUGGAUUCUUAGGAUCUUUUUUUUUUCUUAUGAUCUUGAUAGAACAUUUGACACAGUUUGACACAUUUAACACGUUUCAGAUGAAAAGUAGAUAAAAGAUACAUAUGAAAAUAGGCUAACAUCUUUUAAAUUUUUUUAAAUUAAGGAACAUAAUUUAUAUUUAUAGUAGGCUGGUUUUAGUAUAUUAGUGAGUCUUGGCAAAUGCCUAUGCUCAGGUAACCACCACCCAAUGAAGGUAUCUCACAAUUCCAGCAUCCCCUGCCCUGAAAUUCCGUUAGUGUGGUGAGCAGUUCUCAUUGCCAGCCCUUAGCAACCACUGAAAUGUUUUCGGUUAUAGUUUGCCUUUUGCAGGAUAUCAUGAAUGGAAUCUUAUGAUACGUAGCCUGUUGAGUCUCAUUUCUUAGUUUUAGUGCUCCUGAGAUUCACUUGUGCUUUAUAUGUCAGCCAUUCCCUUUUCAACAGUUUCACAGUGCUGGAGAUUGAAGCCAGGGCCUUGUACAUGCUUGGCAAGUGCUCUGCCUAUAAGCUUCAUCCCUGAGCUCCACCACCCCUUUUCAUUGCUGAGUACUAUUCUGUUGUAUGGAUGUACCACAUUCAUGUAUUUAUUGACUAAAGACUUUGAAUUUUUAGAUUUGGUGAUUAUGAAGAAAACAGUUAUAAACAUUUGUGUACAGUUUUAUCAUUCAACCUAAGAUUUCCUUUGUCAUCCUAAAUAUCUAGGAUUAUGACUAGAUGUUAUGCUAGGAUGUGUUUAAUUUUACCAAAAAGAUGACAACAUCUAAAAUGGCCAUUCACUUUGCAUUCCCACUAUCGGUGUGUGAAAGUUCCAGUUGUUUCUCCUCAUCAGCAAUUGGCAUCUUAUGGUUUAGUUUUUAUUUUUGCAUUUCACAAGAGUAUCUCAUUUUGAUUUUAACUUACACUUUGCUGUUAAUAUAUACCUAUUUAUUUUUAUUAGAAUCUUGGCCCUUUUUUAACUGGAUGGGGUUUUUUUCUUACUUUUUCAGUAGUUUUUUUCUUUCUGUUUUGUUAAUGCUCUCCAUAUACAUCUAUUGCCAUCCUAUUUGCAAAUAUUUUAUCCCAAUAUAUGGCUUAUCUUCAUUUCAGUAACUACUUUUCACAAUCUAUUUUUUGAUGUUCAGUUUUUAUCUUCAAUGGAUUAUGCUUUCUAGUUCGAGAUACACAAACUCUUAUCCAAAAAUUUUAAGGUUUCAAGUUUGCAUCUAGGACUAUAACACAUUUCAAUUAAUUUUUAUAGGGUACAAGGUCAAAAUUCCUUUCUUACAAUUAAGUGUUCUCUCUCUCCUUCUCUCAAGACAACAGUCUCUUCUCUCAUGGAAACUGGGGCAGAGGCUCAGCCAGCUUGUUCAGGUCUCAGCUGCAGUCACCUGGUGGCUAGGCCUGGGACAUCUCUGUCCUUCCGUGCUCUUAGAACCUCUCCGGGUGGGCUCUGAACAGUGACGGCACUUCCUGUAUGGCAGCUCAGGGCUCUGGCUUCUUAAAUACUUUGCAGCACUGAACUGCUGUCACAUUAUCCUGAAAAAUCCCCAUGUGUAGGGUUUUUUUUCCCUGACCUCUGGUUCCAUUGUCUUUGUGCCUAUUAUUCUGUCACAUACUGUACAACCAUGAUUCUUAUAGCUUUAAUGUCUCAAAUUUAACUGUGUCUUCCAGAUCCAUUCUUUUUCAGAAUUAAUUUGGCUUUGUUUGCUUUUGAGUAACUUUUAGAAUCAACUUUUGAUUUUUAAAAUAAACUCUUAGAAUUUGGGGGGCAGUGUAUGAGGACAGCUAAUGUAGCAGUAUCAAAUGUUCAAAUGAUCCAUGUGGUAUACUUUGUUUAGGACUCCAUUGGUUCCUUCCAUCAGAAACUUGUAGUUUCUGCAAAUAUUUUGGGUUUGUACAUAAGAAUUCCAUGCUUUUGGUGCUAAAUUAAAUGAUACUAUUUUUUAAACUUCAA